UUGGCAUGGACCUGUUUGGGGGGAAAUUACAUUUCGAGCCAAGGAAUGGACGUGUUAUUGGCGACCGACAGAACUUUGACAGUUUGCUCUGGUCCAUGGUGACAGUCUUCCAGAUUCUGACUCUGGAGGACUGGAACGUGGCCAUGUACAACGUCAUGGCUUCCACCUCCAUGUGGGCUGCCCUCUACUUUGUUGCCCUCAUUGUGGUGGGAAAAAAUGUGCUAUUGAAUGUACUUGUUGGCAUCAUGUUUGAGAGCUACAAAGCAAUCAUGUCCCAGGUUCAACAGAAUCCAGCUAAUUUAUCCUCUUCUUCUAUUGAGAGCUCUGCAAGUAGAGAAGACGAUGAAGACCAUUCUCCUCCUCUUACUGAUGAGCCCAGCACCUCAACCUCUGAGGCUACCAACGAGAACAACAAACAUCUGUGCAUCCAGAGAGUGCUCCGCUGGUUUAAAGAGCACGAAGAUUGGGCACUGUAUUGUUUUUCUCCACAGAACAGGUGCCGCGUAUUUUGCCAGCGUUUGAUCGCUCACAAGGCGUUUGACAUGAGCAUUUUGGCCUUUAUUCUAAUGAGCUGUAUCACCAUUGCUAUGGAGAGGCCUGGAAUACGCCCUAAAAGCAAGGAACGAUUGAUCCUGGACAUCUGCUCCCAUCUAGCCACCGGGGUGUUCUUGAUUGAGAUGGUUGUCAAGGUGAUAGCUCUUGGUUUGCUGGUUGGGAAGGAGAGCUACUGCAGGUCAUUAUGGAAUAUCAUGGAUGGUUUGUUGGGGAUUUUGGCUUUUGUCCAUAUCUUCAUCAAACUGUUCACAUCUGGCAAAAAUAACAUGAUGGGCAUUCUCAAAGUCCUGCGACUGCUGCGCACACUUCGCCCACUGAGGUUGAUCAAACGGACCCCGAAGCUGAAGGUGGCGAUAGAAACUCUGAUUAUGUCGGCUAAACCCCUGGGGAACAUUGUUCUCAGCUGUUGCGUGUUCCUUCUGUUCUUUGGCAUUCUUGGGGUGCAGCUCUUCAAAGGGAGGUUCAACUACUGUGAGGGUGAGGACACCAGCAACAUCACCAAUAAGAGUGACUGUCUGGCCGCCAACUAUCACUGGGCUCGUAAGACGUACAACUUUGACAGCCUACCUCAGGCCCUGCUAACACUGUUUGUGAUGUACUCUAAGGACGGCUGGGUGAACAUUAUGUAUGACGGCCUGGAUGCCGUAGGAGUGGACCAAGAGCCUGUCAAAAAUUACAACACCUGGAUGCUUCUUUAUUUCAUCCCAUUUAUGAUUCUGAGCUUCUUCCUCCUGGACAUGUUUAUUGGUGUGUUGGUGGAGACCUACCACCAGUGUCGGCAAGAGCAACGCCAAGGAAACCAAGAGUUGGAAGAAGAAGGAUUGCAAAGCCAGCACCAGGAGCAAGAGCAGGUACCAUAUUACACAUCCUACUCCACCAUACGCCGCGCUAUUCAUAGACUCUGUACCAGUCGGCUCCUGGACCUCUUCACGAAUUUCAUCAUCGUGCUUAACGUCUUCAUUCUGGCUUGUGAACAUUAUAAUCAGCCUGAGUAUGUAGGGAGGAUGACAGAUUACGCCUUAUAUGUCUAUAUUCUCAUCUUCAUCCUUGAACUCCUGCUGAAGAUUGUGGGAUUGGGUUUCAAGAGGUUCUUAAAAUGCCGCUGGAAUCAGUUGGACUUUGUCAUCGUCCUGUGCUCCAUCAUCAGCAUCACUGCACCGAUUAAUCCCAGCAUCCUGAGAGUGUGUAGGCUACUCAGACUAGCACAAGUGGUCAAGACUACGAAGAUAAGGACUCUGUGUCUGACCAUCAGUAAGACACUGACACAGGUUGGAAACAUUUGCCUGCUCUUCCUGUUUUGUUUUUUCAUCUUUGCUGCUCUGGGAGUGGAGCUAUUUGGCAAGUUAGAAUGCAGCCCUGAGUACCCCUGCCUGGGUCUCCACCGCUACUCCACCUUCAGAAACUUUGGUCUGUCCAUGCUCACGUUGUACAAAGUUUCCACUGGAGACAACUGGAGCGGGAUCUUGAAAGACACAAUGAGAACAUGUCGUCCAGGGGAUGAUGGAUGCCUGAGCUUCUUGUUCUGGGUCUCUCCCCUUUACUUCCUCGUCUUUGUGACCAUGGCCCAGUUUGUGCUGGUGAACCUGGUGGUCGCAAUAAUCAUGGAGGCUCUGGAUGACAGCAGAACGGAAACAACGCAGACCCACCAAAAUAAAGGUCUUCACCAGGAAGAGAAAGAGCUGCAACCUCAACCAACCUCAACCUCCAGAUCCGGUUUGGUUGAAGAGACAUCUAGAGUGUGACGUCCCACACACAUGAUGUAUGUCUGGAAAAUUUAUUUAUUGUGGCACAUGGUGUCUUUCUUUUUAUUUACAGAAAUUACAAUAUGUUACAUUUUCUUGUUUUUUUAGUAAUCAAAGCUAUAUAUUGAUAAACUUGUAAAUAGUAACGAAUCUGUAUUUAUAUCCAGUGAAUUAUCUGUAAAUAAUAAUGUAAAUCCAAAAAUCGGUUAAAAAUCCAGCUGGACUUGUAGAGUUUUGAGAAGACAUUUCA